AGUACAGCAUUUUUCGAAGUAACAUGCGUUUUCAUAACAUUAAAUCAUGUUCCCUGAGACGAAUCCUUUACACUUGUGGAGCAUUAAUCAUCACACUGAGUUUUAUCUUGCUGUUGAAUCGAAUCACUUCGCAUCCAACUUUCCGCAAUUUUUGGGCAGGAGACAUUGUCGACUUCAGCAAUUCAAACAACGUAACAGGUUAUCCUUAUCCAAUAGUUCCGGAUGUUGUUCAUUACGUUCGUUUUCGGAAUCCACAGUUGAAUUUCGUCGAUAUGAUAAACAUAAAAUCUGUAUACGUAAAUCACAAACCGAGUGAGAUAGUGAUACAUUGCGACUGUCACAACUUAACAGGAAAGUAUUGGGAUAUGGUGAAAGAAAUACCAGGUUUGCGUGUACAGUACAAAAAAAUACCCACUUACAUUUUUGGCAAACGUCUUAGCUCCGUGUAUCACUCUUCAGAUAUUGCUCGACUUCAAAUUUUAAUGAAGUACGGAGGAGUAUUUUUGGAUAGUGACGUUUAUGUAGUAAAGCCUCUUCAUUAUUACAGGAAAUUCGAAUUUGCAUUAGGUUGGCCACCGAAACAAUUUUUAGGUACGCAAGUUCUGAUAGCCCACAGGAAUUCUCGGUUUUUGAAAUUAUGGUAUCAGUCUUAUAAGUACUAUAGACCUACAAGAUGGUAUUAUAAUGCUGGAGAAUUGCCUACAGAAUCCAUACUUUUGUUCCGUCCGGAUUUCGUUCACAGGGUGCCUUACGAUUUUGGUGUUCAGAAUUUGGCUUUCAUGCUUUAUGGUGUAAGAAGUCCCAACUGGAGAGAUUAUCAUACUAUACAUCUCUUAAUAAGACACCGGAAAUAUCUUGUUCCUGAUGAUCACUUGGAAGAUUUCGAUGAAAAUAAUAUCAAAACUUAUAAUAAAACUUUCGGUGAUAUGGCUAGACAGGUUUUAUUUGGGAAAAGUGAUAUGAUUUUUGUUUAGGAGAGCUGAAAAUUUGGUUGUGAUACUUAAGAUCUGUUUUUAUAAAUAUUCUAUACAUUGUAUUUAGAUAUAUAUACAAGAAAUAUGUAUAUAAAACUAUGACAUUGUUUUCAUUAUUGCGCUACUACAUGAAUAAGUAAUUUGGCUAGAGGUAGGCGUUAAGCCACCACACGUGAUAAAUUUAAUAAUUAAAAAUGAAUAAAAUUAAUUCUGAAUA